UUCUGGCAUGUCAUCCUUCAUCCCCCCACAAACUGAGCUGGGAGAGAGUAAGAAGAUGUCCUUGGACAGGAGCUGCUGUUUAGCAUUCCUGACGCUGCCGCUGCCUGACUCUGUGCGCUGAUUGGCUGGAAUCAACUGAGAAGAGAGCCAGGGAGAGAUGCUCUUGACUCCACUCAGAUCCAUCCUGGGGACCAGAGCAGAAGCGGUCCUCGCAGCACCCACCCUCUCCCUGGGCUCGCGCGUCUUCUUUGCCCCUGGGCCUUGGCCCAGGAGUCACGACGGGCGACACGGAGCCGCCAGUGCUGGAGGGGGAGCCAUGGGUGCGGGGCGGCGUUGGGGCAGAGGCCCCGGGACGCCCGCCUGGCCCCAGGCCCCGCUCCGCCCGGGCGCCCCCACGAGUACCCCCCCCUUCCUGGUCCGAGCAGUGUGAGUGUGCCCGGGAAGCCGGCAGCGGCGGUGGCAGUGGUAGCGGCGGCGUGGAAACCGGCGUGGGCUGGGGGGUCCGAGCUGCGGGGGGCAGUGCCAUGCACAAGCACCAGCACUGCUGUAAGUGCCCCGAGUGCUAUGAGGUGACUCGCCUGGCCGCCCUGCGGCGUCUCGAGCCUCCAGGUUACGGGGACUGGCAGGUGCCCGACCCCUACGGGCCAGGUGGGGGCAAUGGGGCCAGCACAGGUUAUGGGGGCUACAGCUCGCAGACCUUGCCCUCGCAGGCGGGGGCCACCCCCACCCCUCGCACCAAGGCCAAGCUCAUCCCCACAGGCCGGGAUGUGGGGCCAGUGGCCCCUAAGCCAGUCCCAGGCAAGAGCACCCCCAAACUCAACGGCAGCGGCCCUAGCUGGUGGCCUGAGUGCACCUGUACCAACCGGGACUGGUAUGAGCAGGUGAAUGGCAGCGAUGGAAUGUUCAAAUAUGAGGAGAUAGUACUUGAGCGAGGCAACUCUGGCCUAGGCUUCAGUAUUGCAGGUGGCAUUGACAAUCCCCAUGUCCCCGAUGACCCUGGCAUCUUUAUUACCAAGAUCAUCCCUGGUGGAGCAGCUGCCAUGGAUGGGAGGCUGGGGGUGAAUGACUGUGUGUUACGAGUGAACGAGGUGGACGUGUCGGAGGUGGUGCACAGCCGGGCAGUGGAGGCGCUGAAGGAGGCAGGCCCUGUGGUGCGGUUGGUGGUGCGGAGGCGACAGCCCCCACCUGAGACCAUCAUGGAGGUCAAUCUGCUCAAAGGGCCCAAAGGCCUGGGUUUCAGCAUUGCUGGGGGCAUUGGCAACCAGCACAUCCCAGGAGACAACAGCAUCUAUAUCACCAAGAUCAUUGAGGGGGGUGCUGCUCAGAAGGAUGGACGCCUACAGAUUGGGGACCGGCUGCUGGCGGUGAACAACACCAAUCUGCAGGAUGUGAGGCAUGAGGAAGCUGUGGCCUCACUGAAGAACACAUCUGAUAUGGUCUAUCUGAAGGUGGCUAAGCCAGGCAGCCUCCACCUCAACGACAUGUAUGCUCCCCCUGACUACGCCAGCACUUUCACUGCCUUGGCUGACAACCACAUAAGCCAUAACUCUAGCCUGGGUUAUCUUGGGGCUGUGGAGAGCAAGGUCAGCUACCCUGCUCCUCCUCAGGUUCCCUCCACCCGCUACUCUCCUAUCCCCAGGCACAUGCUGGCUGAAGAGGAUUUUACCAGAGAGCCUCGAAAGAUCAUUCUGCACAAGGGAUCCACAGGCCUUGGCUUCAACAUUGUAGGAGGAGAGGAUGGGGAAGGCAUUUUUGUCUCCUUCAUCCUGGCAGGAGGCCCAGCUGACCUGAGUGGGGAGCUUCGGAGAGGAGACCGGAUCUUAUCGGUGAAUGGAGUGAACCUGAGGAAUGCAACUCAUGAACAGGCUGCAGCUGCUCUCAAACGGGCUGGCCAGUCAGUCACCAUUGUGGCCCAGUACAGACCUGAAGAGUAUAGUCGCUUUGAAUCGAAGAUACAUGACUUACGAGAACAAAUGAUGAACAGCAGCAUGAGCUCUGGGUCUGGGUCCCUCCGAACCAGUGAGAAGAGGUCCUUGUAUGUCAGGGCCCUAUUUGAUUAUGAUCGGACUCGGGACAGCUGCCUGCCAAGCCAGGGGCUCAGCUUUUCAUAUGGUGAUAUUCUGCAUGUCAUUAAUGCCUCUGAUGAUGAAUGGUGGCAGGCAAGGCUGGUGACCCCACAUGGAGAAAGUGAGCAGAUUGGUGUGAUCCCCAGUAAGAAGAGGGUGGAAAAGAAAGAAAGAGCUCGAUUAAAAACUGUGAAGUUUCAUGCCAGGACGGGGAUGAUUGAGUCUAACAGGUCGAUCAAAACGAAACGUAAAAAGAGUUUCCGCCUCUCUCGAAAGUUUCCAUUUUACAAGAGCAAAGAAAACAUGGCCCAGGAGAGCAGCAUACAGGAACAGGGAGUGACAUCCAACACCAGUGACAGCGAAAGCAGUUCCAAAGGACAAGAGGAUGCUAUUUUGUCAUAUGAGCCUGUGACACGGCAAGAAAUUCACUAUGCAAGGCCUGUGAUCAUCCUGGGCCCAAUGAAGGACCGAGUCAACGAUGACCUGAUAUCUGAGUUCCCACAUAAAUUUGGAUCCUGUGUGCCACAUACUACCAGACCUCGGCGUGAUAAUGAGGUAGAUGGACAAGACUACCACUUUGUGGUGUCCCGAGAACAAAUGGAGAAGGAUAUUCAGGACAACAAGUUCAUUGAGGCGGGCCAAUUCAAUGAUAAUCUGUAUGGGACUAGCAUCCAGUCAGUGCGGGCAGUUGCAGAGAGGGGCAAGCACUGCAUCUUAGAUGUUUCUGGCAAUGCUAUCAAGAGACUGCAGCAAGCACAACUUUAUCCUAUUGCUGUUUUCAUCAAGCCCAAGUCCAUCGAAGCCCUUAUGGAAAUGAACCGAAGGCAGACGUAUGAACAAGCAAAUAAGGUCUAUGACAAAGCCAUGAAACUGGAGCAGGAGUUUGGAGAGUACUUUACAGCCAUUGUACAGGGUGACUCACUGGAAGAGAUUUAUAACAAAAUCAAACAAAUCAUUGAGGACCAGUCUGGGCACUACAUUUGGGUCCCAUCCCCUGAAAAACUCUGAAGAAUCCCCUCCGACCAUUCUCUUGUGAACAGAAGAAAUCAAGUCCCUCUUCCCUCCUCCCUCUUCAUUCCUGUCCCCAUGGGGAGAACAAAUGCUACUGUUCUUGUCCCCUUUUUUAGAUUUGUCAAAAAAAAUUGAGUUUUCUAGUCCUGUUUUUUUAAUUUUUGUUUUGUUUUAGUUUAUUUUUUGGUAUGAUGCCAUCUCACUCAUCAUGUGACUGUGCCCAUUCCUGCAUGGACCUUUCCCAAGCACUAGCACAGGUGCAAAUCCAUCAGAGCCAUUGUUUUCAUAAAAUCCAAGUAGAAGCGAAGAGAAGAGAGGAGGACUGAUGGAAAGACAGACUCUGGACAGCUGCACAGCUUGUGAAGUGAGCUAAAUGCACCACAUGAUGAGAUGCUCCUGGGCAUUUCUACCUAUCUCUACUGCUGUCUGCAGCUCUGAACAGUGCGACGUAAUGGCAACAGAAAGUAUCUUAUUUAUAUAUAGAUAUAUAUAUGUAAUUUAUAUAAAAUAUAUAGAAAUUAUUAUAUAUAUAUAUUAUACACUCUCAUAUAAUAUAUAUAUAUACAUUCACACACAUUUGGACUAGAAAAUCUAUGGAGACUUCAUCAAUGGUACUAUGUUAUCAGAGAAAUGCUUUAAUUUUCUUAUUCCAAUCAGAUGGCAUCUUCUAUCCCAGCUGGUUGGGAAGGGAUUAAAAAUGGUAGUACAUGCUGCACGAAGGGCACUCGUAUUUGGUCUUUCUCUUGAGAGCUAAGGUUUACUCUAGGAGGAAUCAGCCUGAAGCCUGAGAGAAAGGGCUUUUUCCUGGGGGUGAGAGGGUGGAGACAACCGGAAAGCAUCUGCUGCCCUGAGGUGCGGUCAGUCCUGUGUGCAGAAAGAGAAAGAAUGGCUAAUGAUGCUCCACGUGAAAUUGCCUAUUGUUCUAUGCCACCUGAUGUGUCUGCAUGAGAGGUUUCCAUUUUGUUCAUUUUUAAGCUGCUGUUAAACCAAAACCAUGUUGUGCUACUGUGUCAGCCUUUUCAUUAUUGCAAAUUUUACUUUUACUAUUUAAGUGAAUGCGUAGAAUCCAAUUUGCCAGCGUUGUAAAGGCUUCUGUGGUCCUAAAGGAGCCAGGCCUUAUGGUAUAGCAGGUGAUCCAGGCCUGGCCAUCCCAUCAUCAGCAGGAGGGAGAGCAGGGGCUGGUGAGAGCCAAAAGGAGGAGACAGGGCUCUGCACUGCCACACUGUCCCUUCAUUCACCUGCCAAGGACAUGUGGGCUCUGCUGAGGUUUCUUCCCACGGCCCACCAACAGGGGCAGGGAGUCAGUUGCCUUCCUGUUCUGUGCUGGGACAGCAGAACAGCCCUCGGCUUGGCCAGCCAUGUCAUGAGUUUGAUUUUUUUUUUUUUUUUUGCAGCUGCUUCAUGUGCCCUGCCCCAGCCCCCUCCCUAACAGCUGGUAGCUUACAGUUUCUUCAUGAAGAAAGUAGAGUUCAAUGCUGUACAUUUGAGCUGUAGAACUAGUAUUCACUUACUGGUGAGCUGUGAAACCUUGUUGCUUUUUCCCAGAGUCUGAUGGCAGUGACUGUGGUCAAGGGAGUUUUUUGCCUAUCACAAGUGCAGACAGCAGGUGUGGUUCAGGCCCUCUCCCACCCCACUGUGCUCCUUUGAAGCCAAUGUGCCUCCCUCACCUCCACGCUGGAGGGAUGAUGCAGGGGAGAACAUAGAAAUGCUUGACCCUAGGGUUGGGGCACUUGUUUCCUAGCCUGCUGGGUUAGGGCCGGUGCAAAUGACACAAUGUUGAAGACACUUUAAGCACUACCAGCCAAAUUUGGGAAAUCUGUAAACAGUUAUCCUACCAGCAUAAUGAGGCUAACUGUAAAAUCUGGGGCCCAGAAUGAGGGUAAAGAAAGGGCAACAGCUUUCCCUGGGCAGUACACUGGGCUGAAGGCAAAGAGGGAUAAAGCGAUAGCUGACUGUGACUCUGGUGAGGAGGGGGUGAGUAGGGAGUAUUGAUUCUCUGAUGUUAACUAAGUGGUGAUGUCUGAACCAUGUUCAACCCAACCUCCGAGGGAAGAAAAGCAAAGAUUCAAAGUAAGCAUGGCACUAGUUGGUUUCCCAGUGUUCCUUCCAAGGAGACAUAUAUUUUUUAAUAAACGAUAGUUGCAAUGAA